UGUCUUGAAAGCAUGGCGGCGGCGAUGAGUGACGGCAUUGAAAUUAAAUUCGCUCAAAAACUUGCUGGCAAUGAAAAAGAAGGAAGAGAUCGAGCUUUGAAAAAGCUUAAGAAAUGGAUAAAUCUCAAAUCUGAUCCGGGGUCAGAAGAUAGUGCCUUCAGCGAAUUGGAGCUGUUGAAGCUAUGGAAGGGCCUGUUCUACUGCAUGUGGAUGUCGGACAAGCCGCUGGUGCAAGAGGAACUGGCAGAGGAGCUGAGCCAGCUGGUGCACCUGUUCCCCCACGGCCAGGACGCCGUCACCUUCUGCAGUACCUUCUUCACCACCAUGGCGCGCGAGUGGCACAGUAUCGAUGCCAUCAGGCGGGACAAGUUCAUGAUGCUGGUGCGGCGCGUGCUGCGCCAGAGCCUGGCGCUGGCGGCGAGCGCCGGCUGGAGCGGCCCGCUGACCGAGCGGCUGCUGGCCGUGUACGCCGUCGCCUUCGCCUGUCCCGAGGACAAGGCGCGCCUGCCGCUCGGCCUGCAGCUGCACCUGGUCGAGAUCUGCCUGGAGGAGGUGGCUAAGGUGGCUGGCGGACGCCUGGCGCCCCAGCAGCUCGCGCCGUUCCUCCGGCCGUUCGUGGAGGUGCUGAAGGUGAGCAGGGACCGCGUGCUGCGCACCACCGUCACCAACAGCAUCUUCUACCACCUGAUGCGGCAGAGUGACGUCGGUAUUGCGCAUGAGGCCCAGAUCAGCAGGGCGGCGGCCGGCCUGGACAGCGACGACGACGAAGAGGAGGCGAGCGAAGAGUCGGACUCGGCCCCGGACGCCUCGGCCGGCGGGCCACUGGACCCGCGCGCCGGCGGCGUGGACGUCAUGCUGCCGCAGCUGGACGUGGACUACGCCCGCCUGGCCGACGAUCUGGUGGCGGCCGGCGCCGAGCCGACUGUCCGCCAGGCCAGCCGCACUGCCCUCUACCGGCUAGCGCAGCAGUUCCGUGACCUGAGCGAGGGCGAGUACCCGCUGGCGCUGCGGCUGCCGGAUCAGGUGGACUCGGACUCGGACAUCAGCGACGAGGACAUCCAGGCGGCGGUGCAGCGCCUCCAGACAACGAAAGCUCGUCUGAACAGGGACAGUCGCCGAAACAAGCGACUCCUGAACGGCGACGGCGACAACGAAGACGAGCCGGAGCCGAAAAAGAAGAAGAAAAAGCUGAAGCACCAGGUGCUGACGAACGGUGUGAUUGAUACGGGCGAGGCGCUGCUGGCCGAGGCCGGCGCAGCGGAGACAGAGGAAGCGCCGGCCGCGGGGGCGGCGCCAGAGCCGCCGCGCGGAGGGCGCCUUACGCUGAAGGAGCGGCGGCGCCGGAAGCUCAUGGAAAAGAAACAGGCCGAGCUGGACAAGCUGGAGAGGAAGAGGAAAAAGCGUGAGAAGAUGGCGAAGCUGAACGGUACGGCGUCGGCGCUCGAAAAUAGUCAUUCCAUGCAGAAUGGUGAGAUGGGAGAUGGAAAACAUAGCAAAAGUAAGGGUAGGAAGACGGCUUCAGGAACGGGGGUGGAUGCAGUGGUUCAAGAAGGGCGUUUCGCACCUGAAGAAGUGCAGAAUAGUACUAAUUUUAGCCACGUGACAAAGGAGUCAGACAAGCAACCGUCUUCAAAAAUAUCCAAUGUACAAACAGGAAAAGGCGUUUUUAGCUUAGAACAGGUGACUCCAGGCAAGAAGAAAGCUUCGAAGACGAAAUCGGCGGAGGGGGACAGCCCUUCGCCCCGCGCUGCAGCAAACCGGUCCGUCGCCGAGGUCGAAGCGGCGCCGACUCCCCGACAGAAGAAGUCUAAGAACAAGAAGUCGGCGGCGGUGAACGGUGAGGUCGUUGUCGAUAUGGAAACCACACCCCGAGGGAAGAAAGCCAAGAAGCUGCCACCAGCAGAUAGCUGGGUAACUAACGACAUCGAAAAGACCCCGCGGCAGAAAAAAGCCCAGAAGCAGUCGCUACCAGAGAGCGAGACCACUACCGACGCUGAAGCGACGCCGCCAUCCAAGCGCAAGAAGUCCAAGGCGAAGAAGGGCUCGCCCACGAGCGCGGCCUCGCCCGAGCCCGGUGUGGGCGCCGGCCGCGGGCCGAGCAGCGCCACCGUGGCGACGCCUGGUGACCAGCAGUCGGGCUCGACGCUGGACUGGAGCCUGGCGGCGGCGGACGACUGGGGCGACGCGCCCGUCCAGGACGCGGCGCAGGCGCAGUUCGCCCGCUUCGUCGCCUCCAAGCCCGUGCCGGCCUUCGUCAAGCUGCGAUCGUCCAAGGGCGCGGCAAAGGGCGGCCAGGGCCAGGCGUUACCAGCUUCUCCAUCCACGCCAGGCGUCAAGAAGGUGAAGAUUAAUCUCUCCGAAAACAAGUCCCAGGGUUUCAAGGAGCACCUGAUCACGGUCCGCAACUCGCCGCAAGUGCCGCACAACCCGGACAGGCGGCCAGCCAAGGGCCUGCUGAAGGUGGCCACGCCCGGUGCGGCGACCGGCGCCGGCGACGGUGGCCGCGCCAGGCCCGGCGCGCGCCGCCGCAGCCACGCCGCCGACUUCUUCAACCUGUGAGCGGUCGGCCGGCGGUGGGCCCGUGCCCGUGACGCGUGCGGCGGCCGGCCGGCCGCGACCGCGAUCGUCCCGGAGGCGCGGCUGGUGCUGCGGCGCCGGUGCGCCCCUUUUGAGGGUGGUUUGGAGCGUUUGACUGGGUCAGAGCGGGUAGCGGGUUUUGAGGCGCUCCCAAGAGUGCUUUGUUCUGUGCCGGCCGUCGUGCAUGUUUUGGAAGAUUUGUGAUUCCAAGCGACAAUAGAAGGC